AUGAAACUGCUAAGAGGCAAUGAAAACUCACAGUUGCAUGGACUGAUUCUCCUAUGCUACCUUGCAUUACACUCUCGCAAUACCGACGAUUUGGAACCGACUAGGGUGUUGACUGCUCUUGAAGGGGCAGACCGUAGUGCGCUGCCUCAACAUCCCGAGUUGAGAGAAUUGGUGGCGAAGGCAACAUAUCACCUCAAUCUGUACCACACUGGAGGUCAUUCUCAAAGGCUGACAUACGUGCCUUGA